UUGUCAAAGCAUAAACAUGGCGGACGAGGUCUCCAACAAUAUGCGCUGUUUGGUUGGCCUUAUGGUUGUUUUAGUCAGCAUUGGGACGGCACAAGGUCAGGGCUGUCUGGCGGGGUGGACUGAGUACCGGACCGCCUGCUUCAAACUUUUCACUCAGACAGGGGCAAUGAGUGCAGCAAAUAGUAUCUGCGAAAGUUUCGGAGGCAAUAUCGUUAGGGUGAAGACUGAAGGCAUACAGGCACUGGUACAGGGCAUGGUGCUAGAUCACCCAGAAGCCGACUACUGGCUCCACAUGAUCCGAUCACCACACAUCACGGGCUACUGGACCUACCUUGACGGGACAUGGUUGAUUGACUGUGACUUCACAAACUGGGGACCGGCCUCUGAUGGCGAGACAGGUUCAAACGACGGAGCGGACUAUCAGCAAUGUGCCAGACUGUAUGCGGAUACCCAGUGGCAAUGGGAGGACACGCCUUGCGGUGAUUUGCACAGCUACAUCUGCCAGACAGGUGAUGUUAUCGGGACCGGAAGUGGAAGCUGUGGAAGUGCGUUUGGAAACAGCAUGCCCUGCACCAUCGGGUACAUGCCGGGGCCGGGGGAUAUCUGCUACAAGGUGUCGGCGACAGUCGCGACCUUCGCCGACGCAGAGGCGGACUGUGCCUCCCAGGGCGCCAAGCUGGCCGCUCCGUACGAUGAGAGGACUCACCAGUUCAUCGCGGGGAUGGCCAUGAUGGCCAACCCAGACUCCGACCACUGGCUCGGCAUCACUGCUGACGACAUCAACGGAGGAUUCAAGUUUAUUGAUGACACGGAACUGCCUCAGUGCGGGUUCAUGAAGUGGGCACCUGACCAGCCUGACAUGUCUAUGACCUCCGGGUACAUGAAAUCCUCAGCGGCUUACAACUGGGCAGCGGGGGACUCCAGCUCCGAGAAACACUAUAUAUGUCAGAAGGGAAAUGAUUACACCUGCGAACGAGGUCCCAACAGCUGCACGGCUGAGCAGUUCGCCUGCCCGUGUAGCGGCUGUUGCCUGGAGACGGCCCAGCUCUGUGACCGGGUGGACGACUGCACUGACGGCAGCGACGAGGCCGGGUGUGACUAUCCAACAACGGAGGCAGCCACAACCACCCCGGUCAUUACAACCACCACUCCAGCAGUUACAACCACCACGCCAGCGGGCAUGACAACCACCACGUCAGUUGACGCUAACAUCGUGACAACUACGGUGCCAGACGAUGCUACGCAGGAAAACCCUCCCAGUGGUAGUACUCGUGCUUCGGUGACCGAUGGCCCGACAACCAGCCAGCCGGGGGAGGGAGGCUCCGCCGCCGCUAACACGGGCGGGGUAGCGGUGGGGCCCGUGGUGGGCGGCGUGGCCGGGGCGGUGGUUGUUGUGGGAGUUGGCGCCGCGGUCGGAGGGUACCUGCUGUGUAAGAAGAAGCCAGUGGCGGUAGAACCUACACCAUAAGAACGGGACCGCUCCCGAAUGUCACGUUCCUUAGACAGAUGUGAAUUACAGUGUCAAAACUGCACGUCAGUGUUUGCAAAAAGCCUCCACGAAUCGGAAUCGCACAGAACAUCACAAACAAGUUCUGUCAACCAGCACACAGCUAGGGAGCAGAGGCUGUCCUUGGUACUGUAUGGCCAUUAAUAGGAUGACGUAUGACUUUCCAAUGUAUGACAACAUAAGCGUGCUUGUGCGUGUGUUUAAAUUUGGUGUCACAUUUACUAGUAUUACAUUCUACAUAGAGGAGAAAAUUAAGCUAAUACAUGUAUAUAAAUACGUUGGGCAAAGGAUUGUUGGGCAUGGUUGAAAAACGUUAAUGGUGCCAUUUGUGUAAUAUAGAUCUCUAAAUAGAUCAUUGUACAGAUAAAGACAUUUCUUGUAACUUUAUUUGCGUACCCGCAGUAUCUACAAGAGGACAGAAGAGACUCGGGAGCUAUAAUACGGUUGGAUAUACCAGGCUAUUAAACUUAAGCUGUGUGCUGCAUUUUGUA